CCCUCUCCCACCGGUCACCACCCCACCCAAAGUCCUCUAAACUCAUCCAAAUUCCAAACAAAAGGAAAAAAAAAAAAAAAUUGAACUAACGUCGAUUAUUAUUAGUACUAGCCAAUUAGCCUUUCUAUUCCUCUAAAUUGAAUCUAUAUAUACAUUGCAAAAUACAACUAAAACUUUCACUUCCAAUUCAGCCUCAUAACACAUCCUACUAAGCUAUUACAUUUUCUUCUUCAUCUUAUUACCAUGCCAACCACUAAAAAGCCAUCAUCAUCAACCAAGUUCCCGUCCAUCGAAAAAUGCGACAUUCCGGCGGACGGGAGCCGGGAGUCCAUCGCGGCGGAUUUGGACGGAACCCUUUUGAUAUCCAGCUCAUCCUUCCCGUAUUUCAUGCUGGUAGCCAUCGAAGCUGGCAGCCUCUUACGUGGACUAAUCCUCCUCCUCUCCUUCCCCAUCAUAGCCGUUGCUUACGUAUUUUUCUCCGAAGCCUUAGCCAUCCAAAUGCUCAUUUUCAUCUCCUUCGCCGGAGUUAAGGUCCGGGACAUCGAGCUCGCCGCCCGGGCGGUGCUCCCCAAGUUCUACACCGCCGACAUCCGGCGGGAGAGCUUCGAGGUGUUUGAUAAAUGUAAAAGGAAGGUGGUGGUGACGGCGAACCCAACCAUAAUGGUGGAUCCUUUUUGUAAGGAUUUCUUGGGAGCUGAUAAAGUUCUUGGAACCGAGAUUGAAGUGAAUCCUAAGACUAAGAAAGCCACCGGAUUCGUCAAGAAACCCGGGAUUUUGGUCGGAAAGCUGAAGAAGCUGGCUUUGUUGAAGGAGUUUGGAGAAGAACAGCCCCAUAUCGGAAUCGGAGAUCGUGAAUCCGAUCAUGAUUUCAUGUCCAUUUGCAAGGAAGGAUACAUGGUGCCCCGCAACAAGUCGGCAACUCCAUUGCCUCGUGACCGGCUGAAAUCGCCGUUGAUUUUCCACGACGGCCGGCUCGUUCAGCGACCGGACCCACUCAACGCCUUCAUAACCUAUCUAUGGUUGCCAUUUGGAUUCGCACUUUCCAUUUUCCGUGUCUACUUCAACCUUCCUCUUCCCGAACGUUGGGUCCGGUACACUUACCCAAUGCUCGGCAUUAGCCUCGACAUCAAGGGCAACAUCCCUCCUCCGCCGUCUAAGGGUUGCCCCGGAAACCUCUACGUAUGCAACCACCGGACCGCCCUUGACCCGAUCAUCAUCGCCAUCGCGCUCGGCCGGAAACCCUCCACCGUCACUUAUAGCGUCAGUAAACUGUCGCGAUUCCUUUCGCCUAUCCCGGCCAUUGCCCUAACACGUGAUCGCGAGGCCGAUGCUGCCCGGAUCAAAUCCUUACUGGAGAAAGGCGACCUCGUGGUCUGCCCGGAAGGGACUACUUGCCGGGAGCCGUAUCUGUUGAGAUUUAGUGCCUUGUUUGCUGAGUUGAGCGACAGAAUCGUGCCCGUCGCUGUUAACCUAAAGACCAACAUGUUCCAUGGUACAACUGUUCGAGGGGUCAAAUUUUGGGACCCUUACUUUUACUUCAUGAACCCUAGGCCGUCUUACGAGGCCACAUUUCUUGAUCGGCUGCCGGAGGAGAUGACGGUGAAGGGCGGGAAGUCGCCGAUCGAGGUGGCGAAUCACGUGCAGAAAGUGUUGGCCGGAGUUCUGGGAUUUGAGUGCACUCAGCUGACAAGGAAAGAUAAGUAUCUGUUGCUUGGGGGAAAUGAUGGCAAGGUUGAAUCCAUGUACGGUAAGAAGGCAAAUGGAACUACUUAAAAUGCGUACCAGGGAUAUUUGUAUGGUUUUAAUUUAGUGGCGCAUGCAGAUUGAUGUUUUGUGAUAGACUAUAUAUAUUUUUGAUUUGUGGACAUAGGUAUAUUAUAUUAUGUAUAAGACAUUGCUCUAUUAAUUCAUCUCUUGUAUUACAAGAAACAUAUUAAUUCUGGUUGCUAAAUUAAGAAGCAAAAUUUGCCAGUACUGAUGAUUAUGGUACAACAAUAAUUUGCCACACCGACUACUCUAGACUUCCAUGUGUUUUUUCUCUUUUCUCUUUUUCUUUUUUGAUAAACAGCUUUCUUGAUACACAUAUUUAAUGUAUAUUUGGUCCUCAUUUUUUUUUCCUAC